UUUUGCGAGAGUCAAUGUCCCUUCUCCCUGGAUUCCUAGCAAGUGUUGUUUUUCUAGAGUUGAAAUUGAAAGAUUGAAUUUUUAGAGAGAGAGAGUCUCAAUUGAAAUUUCUCUCUUUUCCUUUUCUCUGCUUUUCCUUUUCUUUUCCUUUUGGUUUUCAAUUUAAGAAGAAAACAGUAGAGUGUAGAUAUCAAACCGCUUUGUUUUCGGCUUACUUUCUCUUAGUAAAAGAUAAUUCGAUGUGGGGCGCUUAGCUUUAAUUAUGCUGAAGUGAAUUCAAGAGAGAGAGGGUCUUCCUUCACCUCUGAUGGUUAUUCAGUGUCUCAAAUAAUCUCAGAUUGGUUUGUGUGAGGAGAGGAGGAAGAUACCAUGCAUCUCUCACUAUGGAAGCCCAUUUCUCACUGUGCUGCACUGAUCAUGGACAAGAAGAGCAGGAGGAAAGAUGAGUCCAAUGUUGACAUUAAGAGAAACCCAUCAAUGCUACGGAAGCUGCAAGAGAACAAGCUGAGGGAGGCUCUUGAAGAAGCUUCUGAAGAUGGGUCACUCCCCAAAUCUCAAGACAUGGACCCUGACUCUGCUGCCAACCAGGAUGAUGGCCUUGGAAGAUCCCGAUCGCUGGCCAGGCUGCACGCCCACCGCGAGUUCCUUCGCGCCACCGCCCUCGCCGCCGAGCGCAUCUUUGAGUCUGAGGAGGAAAUUCCCAGCCUCCAGGAAGCAUUUUCCAAGUUCCUCACUAUGUACCCCAAGUACCAGUCCUCGGAGAAGGUUGAUGAGUUGAGGUCUGAUGAAUACUCACAUUUGUCACCCAAGGUAUGCCUUGAUUACUGUGGUUUUGGACUCUUCUCUUUUGUUCAGACAAUUCAUUAUUGGGAGUCAUCCACGUUUAGCUUGUCUGAGAUAACUGCAAAUUUGAGUAACCAUGCACUUUAUGGUGGUGCUGAGAGAGGAACUGUUGAGCAUGAUAUAAAGACUAGAAUUAUGGACUAUUUGAAUAUUCCUGAGAAUGAAUAUGGCCUUGUUUUCACUGUUAGUAGAGGAUCGGCUUUUAAAUUGCUGGCUGAAUCGUACCCUUUCCAGACAAACAAAAAGUUGUUGACCAUGUUCGAUCACGAGAGCCAGUCUGUUGCUUGGAUGGCUCAGAAAGCCAGGGAGAAAGGUGCUAAAGUGUACAGUGCGUGGUUUAAAUGGCCAACCCUCAAACUCUGUUCCACAGAUUUGAGAAAACAGAUUUCCAACAAGAAGAAGAGGAAGAAGGAUUCAGCUACUGGUCUUUUUGUAUUCCCUGUGCAGUCUAGAGUAACUGGGGCCAAGUAUUCUUACCAGUGGAUGGCGUUGGCCCAGCAGAACAACUGGCAUGUCUUACUGGAUGCUGGAUCAUUGGGCCCCAAGGACAUGGAUUCGCUUGGCUUGUCCCUAUUUCGGCCAGAUUUUAUAAUUACGUCAUUUUACAGGGUUUUUGGAUAUGAUCCCACAGGUUUUGGUUGUCUUCUGAUCAAGAAAUCGGUGAUGCAAAGCCUUCAAAAUCAGUCUGGUUGUACUGGAUCUGGAAUGGUGAAGAUUACCCCCGAGUUUCCAAUGUAUUUGAGUGAUUCUGUUGAUGGUUUGGAUAAAUUGGUUGGGAUUGAAGAUGAUGAAAUCACUGGGAUGGGUGAUAAGGCUUCUGAAACUCGUCCGGGAACUCAGUUGCCUGCCUUUUCUGGUGCAUUCACAUCUGCACAGGUAAGAGAUGUGUUUGAGACUGAAAUGGAUCAAGACAGCUCUGAAAGAGAUGGAACUAGCACCAUAUUUGAGGAGACAGAGAGCAUAUCGGUUGGAGAGGUGAUAAAGAGUCCAGUCUUCAGUGAGGACGAGUCAUCAGACAAUUCAUUUUGGAUUGAUUUGGGUCAGAGUCCUGUGGGGUCUGACGGUGUAGGUCAAUCAAAUAAACAUAAGAUAGCUUCUCCCCUACCACCUUUCUGGUUCAAUGGGAGGAAGAACCAGAAGCAACAUUCUCCAAAACCAACUUCCAAGAUGUACGGCAGCCCUCUGUACGAUGACAGAGAGGUAAACCUAGGUGCUCAUGAGGACCGUCGCGUGUUGUCAUUCGAUGCUGCUGUCCUGAUGUCACAAGAACUAGACCGAGUCAAAGAGGUACCUGAAGAGGAGCAUGUCGAGGAAGUGGAUCAUUAUUCAAGAAAUGGUAAUGGGUCAGACCAUCUGCAUGUGAAUGAGAUCCGGGAAGAACCUGGAACCAGUGAAGCAGUCAACAAUGGAUCUUGGCUCAACACUUCAACGUCUCUUGCUCAGCAUCAAAGCUUGGAGAAUGGCUCUACCUCUGAAAUAUGUCCUGAUGUCAAAGAGAGUGCCAUAAGAAGGGAAACUGAAGGUGAAUUCAGGUUGCUGGGUAGGAGAGAGGGUAAUCGUUAUGGUGGUGGUAGGUUUUUUGGUUUGGAAGAGAAUGAAGCCAACAGCAAGGGAAGAAGGGUGUCUUUUAGCAUGGAAGAUACUCAUAAAGAGUACCUGAGCCAGACCCUAGAGCCGGGGGACAUGUCUGCAGCUAGCUUAGAUGAUGAAGAGGUGACAAGUGAUGGAGAAUAUGGUGAUGGACAGGAUUGGGGCAGGAGGGAACCAGAGAUAAUAUGUCGACAUAUCGAUCAUGUCAAUAUGCUUGGUCUCAAUAAAACUACACUUAGACUUCGAUUUUUGAUUAAUUGGCUUGUUACCUCAUUACUGCAACUGAAGAUGUCAGUUUCUGAUGAGGGUGAAAAGGCAAAUCUUGUGCAGAUCUAUGGCCCAAAAAUAAAAUAUGAAAGAGGUGCAGCUGUGGCUUUCAAUGUGAGGGACAGAAGCAGGGGGCUAAUCAAUCCAGAGAUUGUUCAAAAGCUGGCUGAAAAAGAAGGAAUCUCGCUUGGUCUUGGUUUUCUGAGUCAUAUACAGAUUCUUGAUAGCUCAAGACAGCAUCGUGGAGCUCCAAAUCUUCAAGACACUACUCUUUGCAGGCCAAUGGAGAAUGGUAGGCGUGAUGGAAAAGGUAGCUUUGUAAGGCUUGAAGUUGUCACAGCUUCACUGGGAUUUCUGACUAAUUUUGAGGAUGUGUACAAAUUGUGGGCUUUUGUGGCCAAGUUUCUCAACCCUACAUUUAUCAGAGAAGGGGGUCUUCCUACUGUUCAAGAAGGCUCCGAGGCUUGAGAAGGCAAAGUUGCCCGCAACUGUAUUCAAUUUUGGAAACUGAACAUGAAAGAUUAUUUGUGAAAAGUUGCCAGUAGGGGCAGCAGCCAAAGCUGCAUGAAGAAUGGAUUGAUUUAUGAUGAUUUAUAAGCUCCUAGAUAGACACAAACUUAUUUUCUGCAUCAAAGCAAGGCAAGCGGGGUGGAUUUGUUAAUUCAUGUUUCUUGUUGCUUACAUUUUUAAUUUUCCCCUUUUGUUUUUUGAGAUGCUUGUAGAGUUGGCUUUAGAGAUUUGUUACAUAUUGGGAAGCCAUGAUGUACUUUGAAGCAAUAUUGUAUGAGUAGAACUUCUA